AUGUGGUGCAUUGUAUACUUUUCACGAACUCCCCUCGUGAAACGCAUAGCUCAUGCAAUGUACCGAGUCGAGAGGCCGUGCAAACACGACAAGUGCCAAGCAGAAAAGAGCAGAGACCAGCCGGCCAGCGGAGCCAUUGAAUGCUCCGUCAACGUCCAGAUUGACAUUCCCCAAGUCGCUCCUUCCCUGUCCGAGACCACCGAACGAUCCGCGGAACAUGCAGCCAGAGCUUGGAGCUUGGAGCUUGUCGGAGCUAGUGCAUGA